AUGAUAUCCAGAUUAAACAAAAGAGUGAUAAGCUAUCCAGACCUAACCAAGUCGCCAUUUCCCUCACCUUGGCUCCACUAUCACAUAAAAACACACAAAACCCCAAGGGAGAACAACAUGAAUUCCCUGAUAAUGAUGCUCACGUUAGCAUUAAUCUUAUCAUUCUCCGUAAGCAUCGUUGCCGCAAAGCGGUGUCCAGACUGUGGCCGCACACCAGUGCCAUAUCCACUAAGCACCGGGCCUGGCUGCGGUGACCAAUCCUACAAGGUUCAGUGCAACGCCGGCACGCUACGGCUCAAAGCGCUCAACGACUUAUCCUAUGUGAUCGCGUCCGUCAACCCUUUGACGCAGCUUCUAAUCAUCCGUCCUCCCGGCUUAGCCAAGAAUACGUGCAUGGCGGCUGAUUUUUGGAGUCAGGGAAUCCUUCUAGACGAUAACCUCCCCUUCAACAUCACCAGCAGCAACACGGUCUUUCUCAUGAACUGUUCCUCCGAAAUGCUUCAACUUUCAAUGAAUUGCUCCUCGACAAGCGUUUGCCACAACUUCGUCAGAGAUAAUGCUGCGGUGGCAGCGGCCUGUACUCGGGCCUCGUCGCUAUGCUGUUGGUACAAGACGGGUGGGUCUGGAAGCGCGUACAAGAUGAGGGUUCGAAAGGAGCGGUGUUCAGCGUAUGAAAGUUUUGUCAAUUUGGAUAUGUCUUUGCCUGUGAGCAAGUGGCCUGAGCCUGGAGUGGAGAUAGAGUGGGCAUCGCCCAAGGAGCCACUCUGCAAAAUGCCGGUGGAUUGCCGGGACUUGGUGAAUUCAGUCUGUUUGCUGGAUCCGGCGAGUGCUGGUCAGAGAAGGUGCUUAUGCAAGGCUGGGUUUCGUUGGGACCCCAUUAAUGGAGUUUGUAUCAAUGUGAAAUGCCCACAUGGGACACGUUGCAAGCGUCGAAAAAGUAGAACUGCACUCCUUGGAGGCGCGUCCGCUGCCGGUGCAAUGCUAGUAGGAGCCUUGGUCGCGGCUAUAGUGUACAAACAGCGGCAGCGCGCGAGGAGAGAAGCCACCCAAUCAAUUGCAAGUGCAAGAAAGGUGCGGAAAGACAAUAUCUUAAAUGCCAACAACAGUUGGAAAUCGACCAGGAUCUUCUUGGCCAAAGAAAUAACAAAAGCAACAAACAACUUCUCCAGGGACAAACUCCUUGGCUCCGGUGGUUUUGGCGAGGUUUUCAAGGGAACUUUGGAUGAUGGAACCCACAUUGCCGUAAAGCGUGCCAAGCUUGGCAGCACAAAGGGCAGUGAUCAAAUUCUCAACGAGGUCCGAAUUCUGUGCCAGGUUAACCAUCGAAGCCUUGUUCGAUUUCUGGGCUGCUGUGUUGAGCUUGAUCAACCUGUUCUAAUCUACGAGUACAUUCCGAAUGGAAGCCUUUUCGAUCAUCUCCACGGGACUCGUUCCGCCAAGCGGGCCUCGCUCACCUGGCGACGGCGGCUCUCCAUUGCUCACCAAACGGCCGACGGCCUUGCUUAUCUCCACGACUCUGCUGUACCGCGGAUUUACCACAGAGAUAUAAAAUCAAGCAACAUCUUAAUAGAUGAAAAGCUUGACGCUAGAGUUUCAGACUUCGGGCUGUCAAGGCUGGCCGUGACCGAAACAAGUCAUGUUUCGACAUCUGCGCAGGGAACUUUAGGUUAUCUCGACCCUCAAUACUAUCUGAACUUCCAGUUGACCGAUAAAAGCGAUGUUUAUAGCUUCGGAGUUGUUUUAUUGGAGCUGUUAACUUCGGAGAAAGCUAUCGAUUUCAAUAGAGAAGAAGAAGAUGUGAACUUGGUUGUUUUUAUGAAAAAGAUAAUAAGGGAAGACAAGCUCAUGGAUGCAGUUGAUCCAGAGCUUAAAGAAGGCGCUAGCAAGGUAGAAUUGGAGACUAUGAAGGCGCUAGGAUCUCUAGCUGCGGCAUGCUUGGCUGAGGAUAGGACCAAUCGGCCUUCAAUGAAAGACGCUGCAGACGAGAUUGAGUACAUUUUUAGAAUUGUUACUAGUCAUGAGGUUUCGGCAACGUAG